AUGUCAUCCCUAGAGGAAAGUAUAAAGCUAUUUAUUAACCGUAGUGUGAUAAACCAUGCCGAGUAUACCCAACAUAUUAACCUUUUAAGUCAGAGGUUUGAUAACCUUGGUCAGAAGUUCGAUGACUUUGUCUUGAUGAGUCAACGUUCUCAACAAAAUAAUGACCGAGCUAUUCCCAACUUAGAGAGUCAAAUAAGUCAACUUUCGAACCGGUUAAAUGAUAGAGAGAAUGGGACAUUUCCUAGCCAAAUGACUCCGAAUCCAAAAGGAGUUAACCAGGUUAAUGAGUUAGGUAGUUCUAGCCACAAUAAACAUAUAAAAGCAGUUACCACCCUUAGGAGUGGUAAAAUAUUAGAUAACUCGGUAGAACCACCUAAGCACAAGAGUACAGCUGAAAAAGAGACUGAAGUUGAUCAAACUUCGCCUAAAGACCCUAAUGAGCCUGAGAGUGCGAAGAGUCCAUGUGAGGAAGCUACCCCUGAGAGAGUGUACAUACCACCUGCACCAUUUCCUCAGAGACUCGCUAAGAAAAAGCCUAGUACAUAUGCUGAAAUCCUAAACAUCUUUAAGCAAGUUAAGAUCAACCUGCCCUUGUUGGAUGCAAUUAAACAUGUACCGACUAUGGCCAAGUUCCUAAAAGAUAUGUGCACUGUCAAGAGAGACACGAGUGUCCAUAAGAAUAAAUUUUUGACCCAACAAGUUAGUUCCAUAAUCUCACAAAAGUACCCAGUCGAAUUUAAAGAUACUGGUUGUCCCACUGUCACAUGUGUCAUAGGUAAACAAACGAUAGACAAUGCUCUAUUAGAUAUUGGGGCUAGUGUGAAUCUUUUACCAUUAUCGGUAUAUGAACAACUUGGACUAGGUGAGAUGAAACCAACUAGGAUAACACUACAGUUAGCCGAUAGGUCAGUCAAAAUACCACGUGGAUUUAUUGAAGAUGUUUUGGUUCAGUUAUUCAAGUACUGCCCUGAUCAGAUCAUCCGUCGUUGUAUUCCUGACAACAAAAUCUCCAGUGUCCUGACUUUUUGUCACUCUGGAGCUUGUGGGGGUCACUUUAAUUCUAAGAAAACAGUUGCGAAGGUUUUACAAUCUGAAUACCGAGCUUAUUGGGCCAUUAAAAGGCUAAACUUUGACCUACCUACUGCUGGUGAUAACCGUAGACUUCAGCUCAAUGAGUUAGAAGAAAUUCGUAAUGAUUCUUACCAAAAUGUGAAAAUUUACAAGGAGAAAACCAAAGUUUUUCACGACAAAUCGAUUCUUCGAAAGUCGUUUGCACCAGGACAAAAAGUUCUCUUAUAUAAUUCUCGCCUUCACUAUUUUCCUGGUAAGCUUAGAUCUCUUUGGACUGGCCCAUUCUAUGUCAAGACCGUUUAUCCGCACGUUGUUGAGGUUAGGAACCAUGAUACUGGAGAGAUUUUUAAAGUCAGCGGUCAGCGGUUGAAACCAUUUAUCGAAUUGACCAACCCUGAAGUGGAAAAUACAAAUUUACAGGAUCCCGUUUAUGACGACUAA